AUGUUGCGGUUGAUAAGGCAUCAGUCGACGAGGAUUCCACCUAAAUCUCUUAUCAUCAAGCAAAAUAAGCGGUUGAAUCAGAAACCAACGGGCAAUUCCAACCUGAUCAUCUCAUCGUUGCGCGAUGUGGGGUCCCUGUUCCAGGCUACUUCUCAUACCCAGGAGGAUGACGAUUUGGAGCAGCUAACGAAUAGCACGUUGCUUUUGGAACGGUUGAAUUCCGGUGAAUUGGAAAGUUUACUCAAGAAGAAGUUCGACUUCGAUGAAUCGACGGGCUUGCUAUCUACAAAUGAGAUGGUCAAGAGUUUCCCACUCCUGAAGGAAGACGAGCUGGAACUGUUGAAAAAGGCCAGCGAUGUAGAAAACGAGAAGCCGUGGUCAAGCGUUCCAAAUUUCAUAAAGCAGGCCCAGUUCUACCUGUCGUUUGGAUCCCAUGGGCCAAGAGACGGAAUGAGCUUCACUGUCUCCGAAAGACCGUCAGAUUUCACUUUCCUUCGCAGAGCUAGGAGCGCUAGCGACCCGAGGAUACCGUGUAGGAAGCUGAAGAAAAGCGAAAUGGUUAAUCUAUACGCAGCCACUCCCGCGAGACAAGCAUUCUUCGAUGAAAGGACGAUUGACCCGAUUAGCAGACUGUUUGUCUGGUCUGCCGUAGCAGUUUCGAUCGCCGUUGGAUGGAAAGAAUAUCAAGUACGAAAGAGUGGCGAGUCGUUCGCUACCGUUGUAGAUAAAAAUCCCGUAUAA